AUGGCUCACUUGCAAACCACCAACCAAGAAUUCCGCACUUUAGUCGGCAAUCUUGCCAGGAGAUUGCAUAGCAAGUAUAAUGCCAAUCUACCCCAACAACCAACGCAUAUUGUGGAUCAAGUCGAGGAACUCCAGACGGAAAUCAAAAUAAUCCACAACAAAACUGCAAAUCUUGAUAUCGAAUUCCUAGUACCAAAGAUUCACACCGUCGCAAACCCUCAGUUGAAAGACAGCGAGCUUCUGGAGCAAUACUUAGAGUAUCGCCAUUCAUUACAACCAUGGUUACCUCGCGACAAUCCAAAGCUCAACAAGAAGUUCGGUAUGGAGCUACAAGCUGUGCUCUCCGGCUUUCCUUUGGUCUGGGAUGGUAGAACACUGUUAGCUAUAACCAUGUGUUUUGCUGUCCAGUGCGAGGUGGAUGAUUUGAUUGAGGAGAUGGAUGUUGGACUAGUCAGAGAAUGCUUGACUGGACACCAAAUAGAACUUCGAGAGUAUGGAUUAAUCGAGGCGCCGAAAGUAGUUGUCGAUGCGGACUCAACACCUACAAUUAAGAUCCACCAUAUGCUGAGCAAACUCACCAUCUCAAUAAGCGAUUUGAUGCCCCGAAACGUCUUCGAUCAAUUUGUUGUCAGUUUCGACGAUCUUUUGGAUUCUCUCAUUGACGAGACGAGGUACCGCGAUGAAGCUCCCGAGGGUGUGGAGGCAUACUUAGAUAUACGUGCCCGAACAAUAGGCACAAACACGCUCCUCACACUGGUGGCUGGAGCAACCAUCUCUCCAGAGCUACACAGUCUUAUGAGACUUGUCGGCGAAGCCAUUGGCUUACAGAACGAUCUCAAUGGUCUCGAUAAGGAUGUGAAAGUCGGAGAGAUCCUCAACUACGUUUUUGUCUCUUCCGGAUACUCCAAAUCUUAUCCGGAUCGUGGCUUAUUGGUUGCUGGCAUCAAAGCCGCAGAAAACGCUCAUGCUAGUGCUGCAAUGAAGGCAGUCCAGGCAUGGAAAGAGUUGAAGGGGAAAGACGGCAAAGUAGGAAGAGUGAUGAUUACUCUGCUCAGCACACAUGUUGACUGGUCGGUUAAAGCCGCCAGAUACGCCUCUGGGGGUGAUAAAGAAAGCUGA